AUGUCUCUCAACAUCGACAGACUAUUUGGUGUAAGAGACUACGUGACGGUAGUGACGGGUGGGAGCAGCGGGUUGGGUUUCAUGAUAAGCAAGGGUCUCGUGGAAAAUGGUGCCAAGGUCUAUCUCGUUGCUCUACCGACAGAGCCGAUAGAGAUGAGAGUGGAAGAGCUGAAUGAGAUCGGUAAAUCGAGCGGCGGUACAGCACAUGGAUAUCCCUGCAAUGUCAUGGACAAGGAUGCGAUUGCCAGACUGGCAGAGUACGUCGGCGGCCGCGAGAGCCACAUCGACCUACUGGUGUCCAAUGCUGGCAUAAGGCGAGACCCUCCGGUACCGUGUGACGUUCUUUCGGCCUCGCUGAAGGAUCUCCAGGCAUCUAUGUGGUCAUCGCGCCACUCUGACUGGGCCGACACGUUCUGCGUCAACACGACGGCGCACUACUUCCUCUCGGUGGCCAUGCUGCCCCUCCUGGCAGCGGCGUCGGAGCGCGAUGUCGGUGGCGGGGUAUCGGGGAGAAACGAGGGCCGCGGCGCGAUCGUCAUCACCAGCUCCUGUGCCAGCAUGCACAAUGUCACGAACGUCGACUUGACGAGUUAUGCUAGCAGCAAGGCUGCCACAGAUCACCUUGUAAAGCUGCUCGCCGCCAAGUUUCGCAACUUUUACGUGCGCGUGGCGGGCAUCAAUCCUGGAUUCGUCCCGAGCAACAUGAACCCGGUGGGACAAGAAGGAAACAUGUUCAGUGCAUUGUUCGACAAGGUCCCCGCUAAGAGGGCGGGCAGGGAUGAAGACAUUGCUGGCACAGUCUUGUAUCUUGCCAGUCGAGCCGGUAUAGCUCGGCAGCAGUCCUCCUUCCUCGGCUCUGAUGCUACCUUGAACUUCAAGAUGGACCUAUCAUGGUCAAAAUGGGAGACAUUGCAGCUUGCGAAUCCGAUAGACCUUGUCGCUAAUGCUCUGAGGGAUGACACCAGGUCCGAUUUCAACUUUGAAAACUUCAAGCGUCUUGCAGCAGAGCUGAAUAUCCACGUGUCUGACGAUGGAGACUCUGACGCCUACGUCCGUCUCCUCUGGUCCUUUGAGGGCGUGCUGAAGCACAUCGGUGACGGCACAGAUUACGCCCACCCGGCGCUGACUCCCCAGCCAGUGACAAACGGCAGUCGCCAUUUCUGGAAGCCAGAGGCAGAAGGCGACAAUCCGUUCAACGCGUGGAGCCACAGGUGUGACCUCCGCUCGCAGAAUGCCACCAGCGGUAUUCUAGCCGGACGCACCCUGGCCAUCAAGGACAACAUCUCCGUUGGGGGCUUACCCAUCACGCUCGGUGCGCCUCCCGAGUUGGUGUCGGAGAAAUCUGCCUACCCCAUAUCGCAAAUCGAUGCCACUGUUGUGUCCCGCCUUCUGGCCGCCGGGGGUAUCGUAAAGGGAACCUCGACGUGUGAGUGCUUCUGCGCAUCGCCCCUCUCGUUCACCUCUGCCUCUGGGCCGGUGCAUAACCCUCAUCUCCACGGGUACACCUCUGGUGGGAGCAGUAGCGGUUCCUGCACCCUGGUAGCCGCUCAUUCCAUGCCUCCUUCCGGGGCAGGAAGGGGCGAUACGGCUGAGCUGGCCAUCGGGAGUGAUCAGGCCGGGUCGGUACGGAUCCCAGCCUCGUACUGCGGCGUCUACGGGCUCAAACCGACAUUCGGCCUUGUUCCUUAUACCGGUGCGGCGUCAAUGAGCCCUAUGAUAGACCACCUCGGGCCUAUUGCGUCUGAUCUGGGGGGUGUAGCGGCCCUUCUCGAGGUUAUGGCUGGAUACGACGGUAUCGACUCCCGGAUGACGCCCGAGUCUCCCCUGCUCGGCCAGGUCAAGCCCUACAGGCAGAUUCUCCAAGAUUUUGAAAGUCAGCUCGUCUCCGAUGCGUAUAUAGACCGGCCUUGGAGGGUCGGAAUCCUCACAGAGUCCUUCAGCGUGGCCGGAGUUUCCGAUGAAGUGGCCGCCACGGUUCGCAGGGCAGCAACGGAGGCCUUCAAAGCUGCCGGGGCCGAAGUAGUCAAUGUCUCGGUCCCCAUGCACCGCGAGGGUCCCAUCGUCUGGACGGCAGCUACUCGUCCGUCCAUGUCCCGUUGGCUGUGUCAGGGGAAGCCGGAUGGGCACCUGUCAUAUGUGCCGGCUCACCUGGAGGCUCGGUGGCCGCCGUCGCAGGAAGUGUACAAGUCUCUCACGGAGACGAAUCCCGCACUGGCCAACAUCAUUUUCAGUGAGCAGUUCGCCCAAAAGUUUGCGCCGCCGGGACUGGAAGCCAAGGCUCAUCGCAAGGUUUUUGAGCUGCGUGCGGCUUACGACGAGGCUCUCAAGGAUGUCGACGUCCUCGUCACUCCAUGCGCUCCCACUAUCGCCAUGCCCAACUCUCAGCGGGUAGACGGUGAGGGCGAGCCGGUCCCUAUCAUGAAGAGACUCGAAGCCGCGGUGGGUGUGACAAGCAAUACCUGCCCAUUCAAUGUUACGGGUCAUCCGGCUAUGAAUGUUCCUUGUGGAUUCAGCAGCCCUCCCGGACACCCUAAUGCCCGACUCCCGAUUGGUAUGCAGCUUGUUGGGCAACGUUGGUGUGAUGACACAGUCAUCAUGGCAGCAGCUUUGUUUAAUAAAGGUCAGAAGAUGAUCUCUACUAGCUAG